GCUUACAACGCUAGAGAAAUUAAUUUAAUUAUCAUGAGUUUGUUAUAAUAGCGAGUGUACAAAACAAAAUGGUGAAAGAUAAAUUGACUAUAUCUAGUGAAGUUAGUAGUAAAGAAAUAAAAAAUGCAGUUGACAUCGAUUUUGCUCUGAACGUAGCAGGAAUGGGAUGGUACAACGUACGAUACUCACUCAACCUGGCGUUGUUCCUCAUAGCAGCUAUUAUAGAGCCAGUGGGAUACUCAUACGUGUUGCCAGCUGCAAAAUGUGAUUUGCAAAUGACUGAUACACAACGUGGCGUUAUUGGAUCUAUACCAUAUAUAGGUAUAGUUGUAACUUCUUUUCUAUGGGGUUAUUUAGUCGAUACCAAAGGAAGAAAGAAGAUCAUAAUUAUAAGCUCUCUCUUGGCUGGCGUCCUAGGUGUGAUAUCGGCAUUUAUGCCUGAUCUAAUAUCAUUUGUAAUUCUUAAAAGUCUCACGUCUCUUUGCAUCGCAUGUCCCGCCGCUGUACCAUAUUCAUACAUCGGUGAAAUUCUUCCUAGUAGAUACAGAGAUAUAACGCUCUCUAUUACAAAUGCUAUGCAAAUUUGUGGAUCCGCCUUAGUUCCCUUGUUUGCAUGGGCAAUACUACCAUUGGACUUCAGAAUCGACUUUGGGUCUUACGAUUUUAGACCUUGGCGGCUUCUCACGAUAAUAUAUGCUCUACCAUUCAUAAUCAGUGCUUGUUUAUUGGUAUUCGGCCCAGAGAGCCCAAAGUACCUAAUGUCCCAAGGAAAACACGACGAAUCACUUCAGAUUCUGAAAACAAUAUACUCCUCAAAUAAGAGAAAACCACCAGAUGAUUAUCCAGUAAAACGUUUAUUAAUGCCGGAAAUCCAAGAAACAAAAAGACCAUCCAUCUUUAAAUCUCUCAUUAAUCAAAGCGCACCACUCCUCAAACCGCCAUAUUUGAAAUGGAUGGCAUUAAACGGAAUCUUACUCUUCGGUAUUUUCUCUACGUUAAAUGGGCUUUAUAUGUGGCUACCAGAUGUGCUCAAUAGAGUACUCACAGGUGGAGGCCAUGACCAAACUGCUUGUCAAGUCAUUGCACAAAGACUAAAUGAGACUCAUGAAAAUGCAGAAUGCGACGAUCAAAUAGAUAGCCAGACAUUUAUGAUCAAUACUAUUGCAAAUUUUUCCUGUACACUCAUAGCUCUAGGAGUUAGCAGCUUAGUCAAAGUUAUAGGCAAAAAAGUGCUGUUAAUUGCAGUGUUUCUUGUAAUAGGCAUCUGCUGUAUAAUGAUCAAUUUUGUCACACAGCAAAUUUUAUUCGCAAUUUUACUAUCUUCAUUGCCUAUAACUGGUCUGGCAAUUGGACCCGUAAAUGCAUAUGCUGUUGAAAUUUUUCCAACUCAAUUGAGGGGUAUGGCAGUUAGUUUAAGUAUGAUGCUGGGUCGUACGGGCUCCAUCAUUGGCACUAACGUGGCUGGUAUUCUAAUCAACGCUGCUUGUGAAAUUACGUUCUAUGGUUUUGGAGGAUUAUUGAUAUUGUGUGCAAUUCUCUCUUUACUCCUUCCUAGAGCGAGAAGACCAGAGCCCAUAAGAAGUACUUUAUAAACUUUAUCUACUCAAUGCAUAACGGAAACAACAACUUUAAAU